AACAUUGUGCUUGAAGAACAGGUGACAUUUUUCAUGAAAAUUUUAUGUAAAUUAUUCAUGUAAAUUGUUCUUCCACAGUACACACAUCCUCCAACGAUCAAACUGGAAUUUCUCAAUCUCCCAUCAGCUCCGCAAACCUCUUUUGAUUUUCAGAUAUAAAAGACCACAACCACUUGCUUUUUCACCUUCUUUGAAUCACACGUGUAGAGAAGAAUUUGCUUACUCUCUCACACCCUCCCACACACCAAACCAUACUUACCAGCAUGCAACACAGAGACAGAGAGACAGACAGAUGCUGCAGGAUGCCGGGGAUGCUGUUAGGAGACAUCUUUCCCAACUUCGAAGCCGAUUCCACUUUUGGCCGAAUGAAACUACAUGAUUAUCUGGGAGAUUCCUGGGGCGUCCUGUUCUCUCAUCCUCGAGACUUCACUCCCGUCUGCACCACUGAACUCGGCAGGGCGGCUCAGCUCAGUCCUGAGUUCAGCAAGCGUAACGUGAAGCUGAUGGCGCUCUCUGUCGACAGCCUGGAGCAGCAUCACAGCUGGAGCAAGGACAUCAUGGCUUACAAUAACACGGAGCCUGGGAGCGAGUUUCCCUUUCCCAUCAUAGCGGAUGAUCGGCGGGAGCUGGUGGAGACACUGGGGAUGCUGGACCCGGAGGAGAAGGACCAGAGCGGGAUGCCACUCAGUGCCAGAUGUGUGUUUGUGAUCGGCCCGGACAAGAAGUUAAAGCUCUCCAUUCUCUAUCCAGCAACAACAGGACGAAACUUUGACGAGAUUCUGCGUGUCAUUGACUCGUUACAGUUAACGGCACACAACCGCGUGGCUACGCCUGUGGACUGGAGGCCUGGAAACAGUGUGAUGGUGCCACCCAGCAUCCCUGAGACGGAGGCCGCGACGCUCUUCCCCGCCGGAGUCUACACCAAAGACCUGCCGUCUGGGAAGAAAUACCUGCGCUACACACCACAACCCAACACACAUCAGCAGUGAUCUACAGACGGAGAACUGGAGAUGAGCUGAUGAUCGGAAAUAAGAAGGCAAAGUCCUCACAGCUUUGUUUUUAAUGCUUUAUUUUAAGUGUGAAUUACUGUUUCAGUUACACUUACAGGCACAUACAUUUUCUAGAAAUGAAAAUUUGUCAUUAAUUUACACACCCUCAAGCCAUCCAAGAUGUAGGUGACUUUUUCCUCGGCUGCCCAUUUUUUAGAAUUAAAAAAAAGCAUAUCGAAGGAGUACCUGAUA